AUGUCGACUUUUGCCACCUCAUGGCUGGGCUUUGUGACGACCGACGAAUAUCGCGCAAAUCCGCAGUCGAUGAACGAUGAGCUGCAGCCGUUAGGAAAAGAUGCCGGAUGCAUGAGAGUAUACCACGGAGUUCAGCACGAAGACCCAGAAUUUGGCUACUUGAUACCCGUAUGGCCCUCCUCCGAGAGCAGACAGACGUUCCGGGAAAGCCAACGGAAUACAGAAGUUCAAACUGUGAUCCUUGCCACCAAAGUCGGCACGAUUGGUGAGGCGAUGGGCGUGGACUUCAAGUCCAAUCCAGCGCCGGUAUUCGAGGCCGGCAUUGUUGAGGUGUUGAUGGUUGAGCUCAAAGAUGGCAAGACCGCGGCUGAUAUUGCACCCUACCUCGACGAGAUGACUUCGAUGAGAGGGCACGGUGUCGUGGACGGAACAUGGGGUACAUCGGACAAAAGUGAUGGACAGAUUGUCGUGGUCAUUGGUUGGAAAUCAAUUGAGGCGACGUUUGUAGCGGCGGGGGCAACAGAGAGCCUCAAGACGAUCAUGGGCAGUAUUUUAGAAAUAGCAACGCUGAAGGCCAACCAUGUGCAACUGCAUCACUUUGUAUUGGAGUAG